GCCCAGCGUGCCAGCUGCCGGCCACCCGGCCAGCCGGGCCCGGGGCCGGCCGGCCCCGCUGCGUCUCGGCUCCGUGUGUAUAGGGCCGCGCCCUGCCGCGGCCUGGGUUUUCAUUCGCACGCGCAGGCCCGCGCGACCAGUUCCUCCGCCCACUGGAGUAAACCUGUUGCGCAGGCCCAGGCGGGGGUCAGAAGCUCUCUUCGGGGCGGAGGAAGAGCCGUGUCGGGCAUGUCUGCUCUGCAUGACGUGCGCUGGUGGCCAUCCGCGUCGGCCGCGCGCGUCCAUCGCCUUCCCACUGGACCGCGGCGGGGCUCACACAUAGGGCGCUGCGGCCCGAUCUUCUACUUAUUUACAUAUGGGCGGCCCUUGGGGAAUUGCGCUUGCCAAAUGGUUCGCCUCACGUGAUCGAUGGUGUGCCAAUCUUCGCCUCCAGAGCGACAGGC